AUGGAGACGUACAACCUGACGGUGGAGGUGAUGGACACGGGUGUGCCACGCCUUACCACCACGGGGGUGGUGAGGGUGCAGGUGCCCGUGAACAGGAAGCCUACGCUAGGGGGAGCGCAGAAGGUGACGGUCAGCGAGGACGCGCGUGUUGGGGUGAAGGUCGGUCGGGUUAACGUCACGGACACGGAUUCCCUGACAUACAGACUGGAUCAAACUGAUUCAGUUCCAUUCCGGGUCAGCUCAGAUGGUACCAUCAGUACUACUCGGAGGCUGGAUAGGGAGGAUAGUGAGGGGUAUACACUGAAGAUAGUUGUCACAGAUAGAGGCUACCCAGUCAACACCGUCACCGCCACCGUCGACGUUGUUGUACAGGACGUCAAUGACAACGCCCCAGCGUUCACGUUUACCAGAUACUCGGGAGAAAUUGUGGAAGAUGACACCAGCCCCAAGAGGAAUCAGAUUGUGAAAAUGCCAGGGGAGAUAACUGUGACAGACGGGGACGGGACCGAGGAGAACCGUGAUGUUGUCCUGUCACUCAGGGGUGAGGGAAGUGACAAGUUCACCAUCGACUCGGACUCCGGGAUAGUCAAGGUCAAGGCUCCUGGAUCAAUUGACUGCGAAGUCAAGUGUUUCUACUCUUUCAAGCAUGGCUGCUGUCAGAAGAGAAUUGACCCCCAGGUUGAAAGAAAGCUUCACGCACAAGACCAGAAAGGGCGGGGUCUCACUGGACAGGCUGACAUACUCAUCAGUGUGCAGGACGUCAAUGAUAACUCCCCGACCUUCCAGCCUAAUCUGACCUUCACCUUGAACUCGCUCACCUCGGUUGGUGCCCACGUUGGCAGUGUCAAGGCCACGGACAGGGACAAAAAGGGCCCCAAUAAUGUCGUCCUCCAUGUUCUCACUGAAGGGGGAGAUGGCAAGUUUGAAGUGGACCCGUAUACUGGAAGCAUCAAGCUACAGAUGUCCCUUCUGGAUGAACCAAGGAGAGAGGAGUACGUCCUUCAUGUCAGUGCGUUUGACUUCGGUAACCCGUCACUGUCUGCCGACACCACAGUCACCAUCAAUGUCCCCCUCAACUUUGAGCCCAGUGUGGCACUGAAGAUAGCAUUCUCUGUGGAGGAAAAUGCCUCUGUUGGGUCAAACAUUGGUCAAGUUACAGCCACAGACAAGAAUGUUGAACGAGGAGAAGAUGACCACUUGAGAUACUUCAUUGAUGAAGACACUUUAGCAGGUGAUGGUUUUCCAUUCAGCAUAGAUAUUGACACAGGCAUGAUAUCAACUAGAGCUGCUUUGGAUAAGGAAACGGCAGAUGGGUUUAGUUUUCUUGUGUACGUGGUCGACUCGCUGAAGCCGGUAUACACAUCAUCGAGUUCGGUGCACGUGGAGGUACUGGACCAGAAUGACAGUCCCCCUGAGUUCACUGCCCCUGAGUAUGUGAUGAAGGUUCUGGAAGAUGAUGCAGGAGACACGCUACAUACACUGCAGAUUUCCCCAUCAGUCCGUGUUACUGAUAUUGACACCCCCUUGGCCGACAUACAGUUCAGCUUGAUGGGGAAUGGCAGUGACCUGUUUGUCAUCGACCCAGCUACAGGGCACAUCGACCUGAAACACAGUGGGACCAUGGACAGCGAGACACAGCAGCAGUACAACCUUACUGUCUUGGCAUCAGAUGGAAGAUUCUCCAGUGCAGCACCAUUAACAGUAAUUGUUGAAGAUGUCAAUGACAAUGCCCCAGUCUUCAAAGGGGAGGUAGCUCUAAAUGUGAGCUCUCUGACACCUGUGGGAUCUGUGAUUGGUCAUGUCAGUGCCACGGAUGCUGAUGUGACGGACCAGAACAAUGAUGUGAUGUAUUAUGUCAUCAAGGGCGGAUUGGACAAGUUUGCUGUUCACCCGGAGUCAGGUGAGAUCCAGGUAGUGUCGGCCCUGAUGGAGGACCCCAACCAGGCCUCCUACUCCCUGACAGUCCGAGCUGCGGACCUGGGACGACCCCAGAAGUACAGCGAUACAACCGUCACCAUCUACGUCCCUAUCAACUACCAGCCACAGGUGCCCCUGGUCACGGAGGUACAGGUGCAGGAGGACCACCCCCAGGGCACCGUCCUGCACACAGUCCAUGCACUGGACCCCAAUGUGGAGAGAGGGGAUGGGGACAGGCUCAACUUCUUCAUCAGUGAAGAAUCAUCUCAAGAUAUCCCCUUUGAGAUCGACAGAUACACUGGGGCUCUAAGGACAAAGUCCGAGCUGGAUCGAGAAACGACCGACAAGUACAGCUUCCUGGUUCAUGUGACUGACAGCAAGCAGCCUGUGUACACAGCAUCAACAACAGUAGAGGUCACCGUUACUGAUGUCAACGACAAUGCGCCCAUGUUUGCAGCCAGCAUCUAUAAGGCGAAGGUCACUGAAGAUGAUACCGCACCAGGCCAAGCUCAGGUUGUGUAUCUGAGGCCUCCAUUGAAGGUGACUGAUGAGGACAGCUCUAGUGACCAGUUCGUGUUCCGGCUUCUGGGAUCUGGGAGCGAGCUCUUCACCAUAGAUGCCAACAGCGGAGAGAUCACUCAGAGGGAGGCAGGGAGUCUGGAUGGAGACAGUGCAUCAGUCUAUAAUCUCACAGUGUCUGUAGAUGAUGGUCGGUAUGUCAGCAAUGUCUCACUGACUGUGUCUGUGGAGGACGUAAAUGACCACGCCCCUGUUGUGGUGGGGGAGCAGAGGGUGGAGGUGGACCCUCUGUCCCUCCCAGGGGAUGUGGCGGCUGUGAUGAAGGCCAAGGACUUGGACCAGGCAGAUCGGAACAAGAGAGUCUCGUAUUACCUCAUGGCUGGCGGCAUGGACAGAUUCAGGAUCCACGAAACAACAGGGUUGAUAACUGUUGCCAGUUCUCUGACUGAGGGAACUCUUCAGGACCAGUAUGACCUCGAGAUCCGUGUUGUCGAUCACGGCUACCCUCAACAGUCUACAGACUUCACCCUCACCUUGGACGUCCCGGUCAAUUUCCCUCCCAGACUGAGAGACUCAUACAGCUUCAGGCUGCAGGAGAAUGUUCAUGAAGGGACAGCUGUCGGGAAGGUGGUGGCCACAGACAGGAAUGCUGACAAAGGGGAAGAAGAACGACUCAGUUACUUCAUUGAUAAAACAGAAUCCCCCAGCCUGCCCUUCACCAUUGAGCGAGACACUGGUUAUCUCCGGACGAACUCAGCCAUUGACCGAGAGGAACAAAGCGAGCACAUGUUCUCUGUGUUCGUCACUGACAGUCGCAGCCCUGUCUACACAUCAUCGUCAACGGUUACCGUGGCAAUAGAGGAUGAGAAUGACAAUGUUCCAGUGUUCAGUGCUCCAAAGUAUGGGGCCAGCUUUCCUGAAGACAGGGAUUUUACCAAGGACGGGGAGUUAAUUCUGUUGCCCAAGCUGUCUGCGCAUGACCCUGAUGGCAGGUCUGACCAGCUGGAGUUCAGACUGGACGGAGAUGGCAGUGACCUGUUUCAGAUGAACUCUGUGACCGGGGCCAUUGCAGUCAGAAAGGAGGCCAUCUUUGACACGGAGCAGACGCAGUUCUACAACUUAACGAUUGUGGCGAGUGAUGGGUGGUUCAGCUCGGCAGCAGCACUGGACAUCAACGUGAAGGACAUCAACGACAACACCCCUGAGUUCAGCUACAACACUACAAUCUACCUUGACCCAUUUGCACCUCUGGGGAGUCAUGCUGGAGAUGCUUCUGCUGUCGACGGCGACGUCACUGAUCGCAACAGUGACGUCCACUAUCACCUGCUGGGAGGUGGGCUGGACAAGUUCACUAUACAUGAAGAAACAGGUCAGCUGACACUAGCUUCAUCUCUAAUGGACGACCCGAAGCGCAGCGAAUACAAUGUGAAGGUGCUGGCAUUUGACAUGGGGACCCCCCAACAGAGGACUGAGGGCGUGUUCAAGAUUAGAGUUCCUGUCAACUAUCAGCCUCACUUUGAAUCUGUGUACAGAUUCAGCGUUAAGGAGAAUGUCACAGUGGGGUCAGAGUUUGGCCAGGUCAAGGCAACUGACAAAAACAUAGAACAGGGCGAGGAUGACAGACUAAGUUAUUUCAUCGAUGAGAAGAGUACUCAAGGUGUCGACUUCCCAUUCUACAUGAACCGACACUCUGGUCAGUUGGUCAUCUCCUGUGUGCUGGACCGAGAGAAGAAGGACAUGUAUGAUUUCACGGUGUACGCCACAGACUCCAAGCAGCCUGUGUACACAGCAUCAACUCUGGUGUAUGUCACCAUUGAUGACGUCAACGACAAUGCUCCACAAUUCGGCGCUGCAUCCUACACUGGUCACAUCCAGGAGGAUGACUCCAACCCAGGAGCUCCACAAGCUGUCUCUGUGACUCCACUGGUGUCAGCCACUGACGCUGACAAUAACCGUGAGGACUUGACAUACAGUUUGGACGGACCAGGGAGUGACCUGUUUGACCUUGACCCUGUGACAGCCCAGCUGCGUCAGAAGACAGCAGGGAGCCUGGACAGUGAGAUGCAUCAUCAGCACAACCUUACACUUGUGGUCUCAGACGGUGAUCACAAGACAACUGCGGACCUAUACGUGAUGGUCGCAGACAUUAAUGAUAAUGCCCCCAGAUUCCUGCCCACCACAAAACUACGAGUAGCCCCGAGGAGCGAGUGGGGACAGUACUUGGGAGGGUGCAGGCUAUAGACAGGGACACCUCCCCAGGGAAUGGGGACAUCGCCUACUACCUCCAGGGAGGGGGUCUGGACAAGUUCUCCAUUCAGCCAGACACAGGGGAGAUAACUCUCAUUGGAGGGCUGCUGGACGACCCCUACAGAGAAGAGUAUAGGCUUCAAAUACGAGCUGUGGACUUUGGCCAGCCACAGAUGUC